UCUGCCAUUUCCUCUUGGAGCCCUUCUGCCUCUUCCUCCUCUCUCGUGCUCUCCCACACGCCCAGAGCCCGGGCACCGCCUCCUGGCCUCACUCUUUCAGGGUGCCCGGGGCGGAGGGGAAGGCAGUCAGCAAGACCCCCAUCCCGAUGAGGCUGUGAGCAACGGCUGCCCCAGGAUGUCGGGCGUACGACUGGGUGACCAUGUGUGGCUGAACCCCACCUCUGCCAACAAGACCUGUGUGGCCAUCGGGGGCAUCAUCAGAGAGACGAAGCCUGGCAAAAUCCUGGUUGAAGAUGAUGAGGGCAAGGAACACUGGAUCCGGACAGAGGACCUUAGCACCCUGAGCCCCAUGCACCCCAACUCGGCUCAGGGCGUGGAUGACAUGAUCUGCCUGGGGGACCUGAAUGAGGCGGGCAUGGUGCACAACCUCCUGAUCCGCUACCAGCAGCACAAGAUCUACACCUACACGGGCUCCAUCCUGGUGGCCGUGAACCCGUUCCAGGUGCUGCCCCUGUACACUGCGGAGCAGGUGCAGCUGUACUACAACCGCCACGUGGGCGAGCUGCCGCCGCACGUCUUUGCCAUCGCCAACAGCUGCUACUUCAACAUGAAGAAGGACAGGAGGGACCAGUGUUGCAUUAUCAGCGGUGAAUCUGGGGCGGGGAAGACAGAGACCACCAAGCUCAUCCUACAGUUCCUGGCCACCGUUAGCGGCCAGCAUUCUUGGAUUGAGCAGCAGGUCCUCGAGGCCAACCCCAUCCUGGAAGCCUUUGGAAAUGCUAAGACGAUCCGGAACGACAACUCAAGCCGCUUCGGGAAGUACAUAGACAUCUACUUCAACUCGAGUGGGGUGAUUGAGGGGGCACGCAUCGAGCAAUUUCUCCUGGAGAAGUCCCGCGUCUGCCGACAGGCCCCGGAGGAGCGGAACUACCACAUCUUCUACUGCAUGCUCAUGGGGAUGAGCGCGGAGGAGAAGCAGCUGCUGGGCCUGGGGACGCCCUCGGAGUACCACUACCUGACGAUGGGCAACUGCACCUCCUGUGAGGGGAUCGAUGACACCAAGGACUAUGCCCACGUCCGCUCCGCUAUGAAGAUCCUACUGUUCUCUGACUCUGAGAACUGGGACCUCAGCAAGUUGCUGGCCGCCAUCCUCCACCUGGGGAAUGUGCAGUUCAUGGCUGCGAUCUUCGAGAACCUGGACUCCUCUGAUGUGAUGGAGACGCUUGCCUUUCCCACUGCGAUGAAGUUACUGGAGGUGAAGGACCAGGCCCUCCGAGACUGUCUGACCAAGCACUCCAUCACCGUCCGUGGGGAGUUUGUCACAAGGCCCCUGAACAUCGCCCAGGCCGUGGACCGGAGGGAUGCCUUUGUCAAGGGCAUCUACGGACACCUCUUCCUGUGGAUCGUGAAGAAGAUCAACACUGCAAUUUUCACCCCACCCACCCAGGACCCCAAAAAUGUACGAAGGACCAUCGGCCUCCUGGACAUCUUUGGCUUUGAAAAUUUCCAGAAAAAUAGCUUCGAGCAGUUCUGCAUCAACCUGGCCAACGAGCACCUGCAACAGCUCUUCGUGCAGCAUGUAUUCACCGUGGAGCAAGAGGAGUACCACUCGGAGAACAUCCCCUGGGAGCACAUCCACUACACGGACAACCGGCCCACCCUGGACCUGCUGGCCCUCAAGCCAAUGAGCAUCAUCUCCCUCCUGGAUGAGGAGAGCCACUUCCCACAGGGGACAGACAACACCUUAGUGCAAAAACUGCAGAGUGUCCACGCCAACAACAAGGCCUUCCUGCAGCCCAAGAACAUCCACGACGCCCGCUUUGGCAUCGCCCACUUUGCCGGCGAUGUGUACUACCAGGCAGAAGGCUUCCUGGAGAAGAAUCGGGAUGUGCUGAGCAGGGACAUCCUCGCCCUGGUCUACUCCUCCCAGAACAAGUUCCUGCAGGAGAUAUUCAGGAUAGAGUCCGCCAAGAACAAGCUGGGCCACGGGACCAUCGUCCAGGCAAAGGCUGUCAGGCAGCUCUUCAAGUCUGCAGACUCCAGCAAGCGGCCCCCCACCUUGGCAGGCCAGUUCAAGCAGUCCCUAGACAAGCUGAUGAAGAUCCUGACCAACUGCCAGCCCUACUUCAUCCGCUGCAUCAAACCCAAUGAGUACAAGAAGCCCCUGCUCUUCGACAGGGAGCUGUGCGUCCGGCAGCUGCGCUGCUCGGGGAUGAUGGAGACGGUGCACAUGCGCAAGUCGGGCUUCCCCAUCCGCUACUCGUUCGAGGACUUCUCGCAGCGGUUCCACGUCCUGCUGCCGAGCGCCCAGCGCCUGGAGCUUCAAGGCAAGUUUCGCCUGAUGGCCCUGCGCAUCGCCGAAAGGCAGCUGGGGAAAGACGAAGACUGGAAAGUGGGAAAGACCAAAAUUUUCCUGAAGGAUAACCAGGACACUCUGCUGGAGGUUCAGAGGAGCCAGGCCCUGGACCACGCUGCGGUCAGCAUCCAGAGAGCUUUGCGAGGCUACAAAUACAGGCAGGAGUUCGUGAGGCAGAGGCGGGCAGCCGUGACCAUCCAGGCCGCGUGGAGGGGCUAUUACAGCAGGAGGAACUCCAAGCUGAUCUUCCUGGGUUUUGAGCGCCUGCAGGCCAUCGCCCGGAGCCACCUGCUGGCGAAGCAGCACCAGGCGUUGCGGCGGAGGAUGGCCCGGCUGCAGGCCCUCUGCAGGGGCUACCUGGUGCGCCAGCAAGUCCAGGCCAAGAGGAGGGCGGUGGUGGUCAUCCAGGCGCACGCCAGGGGUGCCGCCGCCCGGCGCCGCUUCCGACAGCAGAAAGCCAAUGGGCCUCUGGUCAUCCCGGCUGCAAAGCCAAAGAGCCCGACAGCUGUCCCCACCAGGAAGCGGAAGUCCAUCUACGACAGUGUCACUGACACGGAGAUGGUGGAGCAGGUGUUUGGCUUCUUGCCUUCCCUUAUGGGCGGGCAGGAGGGCCAGGCGCCCCCGUGCUUCGAGGAGCUGGAAGCCAGGACCCAGAAGCUGCCUGAGGUUGACCUGGACACGGUCCCCAUGAUGGAGGAGCCGGAGGAGGACGUGGACGGCCUGGCCGAGUACACCUUCCCCAAGUUUGCCGCAACCUACUUCCAGAAAUCGGCCAGCCACACGCACAUCCGGCGGCCCCUCCGAUACCCUCUGCUCUACCAUGAGGACGACGCUGACUGCUCGGCCGCCCUGGCAGUGUGGUGCAUCAUCCUGAGGUUCAUGGGUGACCUUCCAGAGCCAGUGCUCUUUGCCAGGAGCACCCUGCAGGACCGCUCGGUCAUGCGGCAGAUCCAUGACGCCCUGGACGGGGAGAGUGGCACCCAGCCUCCACGGCGCAGCGGAUCCACACAGAAGCCCAGCCACAGGGACAGAGGGACCAAGGAUAUCUCCUCCAUGAAGCUGAAGCGGUCCUCCCAGGUCACGGGCCAGGUGGCCAGCCAGCUGAGUAUUGGAGAAGAGCCCUUUGAGCAUGACGGCCCCAUCUCAGACCGACCCAUGUCCAACCUGGAGAAGGUGCACUUCAUUGUGGACUACGCCAUCCUGCGGCCUGGCCUCAGGGAUGAGAUUUACUGUCAGAUCUGCAAGCAGCUGUCAGAGAACUACAAAACCAGCAGCCUGGCGCGGGGCUGGAUCCUUCUCAGCCUGUGCCUGGGCUGCUUCCCGCCCUCCGAGAGGUUCACGAAGUAUCUGCUGAACUUCAUUGGUCAAGGGCCAGCCGGCUACGGGCCCUUCUGUGCUGAGCGCCUGAGACGCACUUGCGCCAACGGGGUGCGCACAGAGCCCCCGGCCUCGCUGGAGCUGCAGGCUGUCAAGUCCAAGAAGCACAUCCCGGUCCAUGUCACCUUGGCGACUGGAGAGAGCCUGACCGUCACAGUGGACUCCGCCUCGACGUCUCGGGAAGUCUGCCUGCACAUUGCCCGUAAGCAGGGCCUCAGCGACCACCUGGGCUUUUCCCUGCAGGUUGCCGUGUAUGACAAGUUCUGGUCCCUGGGCAGCGGGCGCGACCAUGUGAUGGACGCCGUGGCCCAGUGUGAGCAGCUGGCCCGGGAGAGGGGCGGGAGCGAGCGCCAGGCGCCCUGGCGCCUCUACUUCCGGAAGGAGUUCUUCACCCCCUGGCACAACUCCCGGGAGGACCCCGUCAGCACCCAGCUCAUUUACCGUCAAGUCCUCCACGGAGUCCGGUCCGGAGAGUACAGCUUCGAGAAGGAGGAAGAGCUGGUGGAGCUGCUGGCCCAGCAUUGCUACGUGCAGCUCGGUGCCACGGCGGGGAGAGAGGCCAUCCAGGUGCUGCUGCCCAGCUGUGUCUCCUCCAAGCUGUACAGGACCAAGCCCCCAGACACGUGGGCCAGCCUGGUCACCGCUGCCCACACCAAGGCACCAUACACCCAGAAGCGGGCCACGCCGCUGGCCGUGCAGGAGCAGGUGGUGGACACCGCCCGUUUGCAGUGGCCGCUGCUCUUCUCCCGGCUCUUUGAAGUCACCACACUCUCAGGCCCCCGACUGCCCAAGACUCAGCUGAUCUUGGCUGUUAACUGGAAGGGGCUGUACUUUCUGGACCAGAAAGAGAAGAUGCUCCUGGAACUCUCUUUCCUAGAGAUCAUGAGUCUCAUCACCGACAGGGAGGCCCUGGGUGGGCAGAAACUGUUGCUGUCCACGCUGCACGAAGAGGAACACGAAUUCAGGUCCCCUAGCAGUGUGGCCAUCGCCGAGCUGGUGGCCUUGUUUCUGGAGGGCCUGAAGGAGAGAUCCGUAUUCACCAUGGCACUGCAGGACAGGAAGGCCACAGAUGAUGUCACCCUCCUGCCCUUCAAGAAGGGGGACUUGCUGAUCCUGACAAAGAAGCAAGGACUGCUGGCCUCUGAAAACUGGACCCUGGCCCAGAAUGACAGGACGGGCAAGACGGGGCUGGUGCCCACCGCCUGCCUCUACAUCAUCCCGACAGUCACCAAGCCCUCGGCGCAGCUGCUGAGCUUGCUGGCCAUGUCACCAGAGAAGCGGAAGCUGGCGGCCCAGGAAGGGCGGCCUGCAGAGCUGCCCCUGGAGGAGCAGCCCGAGGAGAAGCUGCACACCCUGGAGGAAUUCUCCUAUGAGUAUUUUAGGGCCCCGGAGAAGGAGGCGGUCAGCAGGGCCAUGUUCCCCGCAGCCCAGGCCCGGGGCCACCUGUGGACCCACUCCGUGGAGCCUCUGAGGCAGCCUCUGCUCAAGCGUGUUCAUGCCAACACUGAGCUGCGGGAUGUCGCCUGCCAGAUCUUCAUCGCCAUCCUCAGGUACAUGGGCGACUACCCCUCCCGGCAGGCCUGGACCUCCCUGGUGCUCACCGACCAGAUCUUCUCGGGGGCCCUCCAGGAGGCAGCCCUGCAGGAUGAGGUCUACUGUCAGAUCCUGAAGCAGCUGACACACAACACCAAGAGGUACAGCGAGGAGCGGGGCUGGCAGCUGCUGUGGCUCUGCACAGGCCUCUUCCCGCCCAGCAAGGCGCUGCUGCCCCACGCCCAGAAGUUCAUAGACAGUCGGAGGAGGAGGGCGCUGGCCCCCGACUGCAGCCGCCGCAUUCAGAGGGUCUUGAGGACAGGGCCCCGGAAGCAGCCCCCUCACCAGGUGGAAGUGGAGGCUGUGGAGCAGAACAUCUCCCGCAUCUGCCACAAGAUCUACUUGCCCAAUGACACCAGCGAGAUGCUGGAGGUGGGCACCAACACCCGGGUGCGGGACGUGUGUGACAGCGUCGCCGGCCGGCUGCGGCUGGCCUCCUGGGAGGGCUGCAGCCUCUUCAUCAAGAUCGCCGACAAGGUCAUCAGCCAGAAGGAGGGAGACUUUUUCUUUGACUCCCUGCGGCAGGCGUCUGACUGGGCGAAGAAGAGCAAGCCCCAGAAGGAAGGGGCCCCUGUGACGCUCCCCUACCAGGUGUACUUCAUGCGGAAAUUGUGGAUCGGCGUGGCCCCGGGGAAAGAUGUGAACGCGGACGCCAUCCUCCAUUACCAUCAGGAGCUGCCCAAGUACCUGCGUGGGUUCCACAAGUGCUCGCGGGAGGAUGCUGUCCACCUGGCAGGCCUCAUCUACAAGGCCCAGUUUGACGAUGACCGGUCCCAUCUAGCCAGUAUCCCCAAGAUCCUGAAGGAACUCGUGCCUGAGAACCUCACACGCUUGAUGUCCUCGGAGGAAUGGAAGAAGAGCAUCCUCCUGGCCUGUGACAAGCACAGGGACAAGACGGUGGAGGAAGCCAAGGUGGCCUUCCUGAAGUGGAUCUGCCGGUGGCCCACCUUCGGGUCUGCCUUCUUCGAGGUGAAGCAAGCCUCGGAGCCCUCCUACCCGGACAUCAUCCUCAUCGCCAUCAACCGGCACGGGGUUCUGCUCAUCCACCCCAAGACCAAGGACCUGCUCACCACCUACCCCUUCAACAAGAUCGCCAGCUGGAGCAGCGGCAGCACGUACUUCCACAUGGUGCUGGGGAGCCUGGGCCGGGGCAGCCGCUUGCUGUGUGAGACCUCUCUGGGCUACAAGAUGGACGACCUGCUGACCUCGUACGUGCAGCAGCUGCUGAGCGCUAUGAACAAGCAGCGGGGCCCCCAGGCCCCGACCCCAGUGCACCCAUAGCAGCGGGGGCUCUCGCCCAUUCAGCCUCCCUCCCUAGUUGGGGGUCCUGGUGGUCCAGGGCCUGCCCUUUGCAGGCAACCUCUCAUGUCACCCCCUCCCCAGAAUAUGCCCCCCCACACCUCGGCAUCCCAGGGGGCCCCUCCCCAGGUGCUGACUUCAAGGGAGCCUUCAGGCCAAUGGGUGGACGGCAGAGACCCCCUCCCACCAAGAAUGUUCAAUAAAAGUUCCCGGAGCAGCG